UGCCCUCUAUGUCACUGGUGUGAGAUCGCCACACGCUGUAGUGGGAAAAGCUGGUCUGCAAGUCUUUCUAUUGUGCACGUGUCUGCCAUCUUGGUGGUUGGCGAAGCAGGAAAUCUAAAGUCAAAAUCAAUAAAUAUAGAUUGCCCAAAACAAAAAUGGCCUCCAACGUGUUUCUUUUGCAGACAUAUGCCCUUAACAAAGAUGGCAGACUCUGGGCUGUCAUUUCCUGUCUGCCAACCACAAACAUGGCUGCCACAGCUAACUGCUUUAUAUAUACACUAACCUGAGGUGUAUACGCAUUAGAAGAUAUUGGGCAAUCGCCAAAUGCAAUCAUCAAUUCUUGAAGUAUUUGGUAAAUAAACUUUGAUGACGAAGACUUUGCUAAAUCAAACAUCUGAGGUCUGCACAAGGUCUAAUAAUUCUUUAAAUAAUGUUCUUAUGUGUACAGUUAAGUAUUGAGCUUGGUGAUAUCUCAAGAAACGAUCUAUAGUGACCACUGGUUAUUAACUAUAAAUAAAUAUCUCUGAGAGCCCAUGGACACACUCACCCACAUGACCAGAAAAAGGUCCCUGGAGCAAAAGUGUUUUUUUCAUUUUACAGGUCAAUUUAUGUCCUUCGUUGGCACUGUAUUUAUGUAAAUAAAAAUUCUAGGCCAAAAUUAUAUCGUCCUAAGGAAGAAAUGGAAUUUGAUGACAUCGCAAUUUACUUCUUCAAGGAGGAGUGGGAGUGUUUAAGCGCACAGCAGAAGGAACUUUACAAGGAUGUGAUGCUGGAGAAUUAUGAAAACCUCCGAUCUUUAGGUCAUGUGAAAUUGAAGCCUUCACUUGUUUCAAAGAUAGAACAAGGUGAAGAGCCGUAUGUGACGCGCCAUCUAACAGAAGAGAAGCCUUCUCUGGAUACGUACAAAGUAGGUGGCUCAGCAACGUGGGAAGCUGAUAUGGCUAUUAAGAAAUGUGUUCAAGAAUCCAGUGAAUUGUCAGACUGUCACAAAACCAUAAAUGUGAUGCCGCAUUAUUACAGAGAGUAUAAGUCACAACAGGUUGCACAGGAGAAUGUUUAUGCAGAAGAGAACACAUUGACAUGUUAUGAAUGUGGAAAAUGUUUUACUCGAAAGACAAAUCUUCGUGCACAUAUGAUCAUUCAUACAGGAGGGAAGCCAUUUACAUGUUCUGUAUGUGGAAAAUGUUUUAAGAAUAAAUCAUAUGUUCUUAGACAUCAGCGCAUUCAUUCAGGGGCAAAACCCUAUACAUGCUAUGAAUGUGGGAAAUGUUUUAGAUUGAAGGAAUAUCUUCUUGUUCAUCAAGUGAACCAUACUUUAGAAAAACCAUUCUUAUGUUCAGAAUGUGGAAAAUGUUUUACAGAUAAAAGAUCCUUUCAUAAACAUAAAAGAUUUCAUACUGGAGAACGAUUACAUUCCUGUUCUGAAUGUGGAAAACUUUUUACCAGCAACUCUGCUCUCAUUGUACAUCAGAAGAUCCAUACAGGAGAGAGACCCUUUGCAUGUGUGGUAUGUGGGAAAUGUUUUAGAGUGGAACAUUCUCGUGAUUAUCAUCAAUCGACCCAUGCAGGAGCAAAACCUUUUUCUUGUUUAGAAUGUGGUAAAUGUUUUAGAGUUAAGAAAUCGCUCCUCAACCAUCAAACAAUCCAUACAGGAAUGAAACCGUUUUCAUGUUCAGAAUGUGGACAAUCAUUCACUGUAAAACAAUCGCUUCUUCAUCAUAAAAGAUUGCAUACUGGAAUGAAGCCAUAUUCAUGUUCUGAAUGUGGGAAAGGCUUCACAGUGAAAAAGUCUCUUGUUGAACAUAAAAGAAUUCACACAGGAGAGAAACCAUUUUGUUGUUCUGAAUGUGGGAAAUGUUUCACGGUAAAACGAUCUCUUGUUAAACACACAAAAAUCCAUAUGGAACUUGACCUGUUUGAAUGUUUUGAAUGUGGAAAACACUUUAAUAGUAGGUUAUCUCUUGUUCUGCAUCAGAAAAAUCACAGAAAGGACAAUUUACUUAGCUGUAGUGAAUGUGGGAAAUGUUUUUUUAAAAAUACAAAACUUGUUAUUCAUCAGAAACUCCACACAGAGAAAAAACUAUUUGAAUGUAUGGAAUGUGGGAAAUGUUUUAAAUUAAAAAAUUAUCUUACUAAACACCAGAAGGUUCAUUUAUAAGUACACUUUAGGGAAUGUUUUAUUUAAAAACAUCAUGUUGUCUUGUAUAUAAUAAUUUAUUAUAACGUGAACCCUUUUACUAAGAUGUAAGGACAAGGAAAUAAUAGACUAUAUUUAAAGGGAUAUGAAACUCAAUUUUUUUUCUUUCAUGAUUAAGAAAGAACAUGCAAUUUUUAAACAACUUUACAAUUUACCUUUAUUAUCUAAUUUGCUUCAUUCUCUUGAUAUCCUUUGUUGAAAAGCAUAUCUAAAUAAGAACAGAAGCUGCUGAUUGGUUGCUGCACAUAGAUGCCACGUGUGAUUGGCUCACCCAUGUGAUUUGCUAUUUCUUCAACAAAUGAUAGUUGAAAAAUGAAGCAAAGUAAAUUAGAAUUUCUUUCAUGUAAUUAGCAAGAGUCCAUGAGCUAGUGACGUAUGGGAUAUA